GUGACGCAAAUUUCACGGUCAAGCUUGGAAGCCCCACCUUUUGUGUUUCCCGCACCGUCAAUCAAAAUAGAAAAAAUCAACUCGAAUACCCCUUCGGAGCCCGCCUUUGAUUAAAGCAAUCAUGUUUGGAGUUUAAAUGACCAUUUAUUCUUCCGAUUUGUACCUUUCACGCUAUGACUGGUACGUAACAUUUAACCCGAUCGAAGCGUACCAUCACCGUUUCCCUCUCCCUGUUUGUCUUUAGCCCCCGAACAGCCAGUUAAAGAGGAGGAAAUGGCUGCCUUGGACGUGGACAGCAGUCAAAGCGACUUUCUGCAGAACGCCAGCAGCGGGCAGGAGCAGACAACAGACUUAACAUCCAUCCAGCUCACAGGCUCGUCAGACCGCUGGGAGGUUCUGACCCCUGUCACUUCUGUUAAGGAGGAGCCCGGUAUGGUGCACAUCCCCAGCGGUGCUGGCAUUGUGACCUCCAACGGGCAGUAUGUGCUCCAGGGCAUGCAGAGUCAGCCCAUCUUCGUGACGGCAGGCACCGGUGAUGGCAGCGGCACCAAUGGGCUUCAGUAUCAGGUGAUCCCUCAACUCCAGCCGGCGGACGGGCAGCUAAGUUACACGACGGCGACGGCAGUGGUUGGAGACGGCACAGGCGCGGCCCAUUCGCUGGAGGACCUCCAGAUCAUGUCGGCGGAUGGCUGUCAGGGCGGACUUGCGCAGCAGAUCCAGGGCGUGUCACUGACGGGAGCUACCUUUGGCGGACAGGCAGGCGCUCAGGUGCUGGCCAACAUGUCCAUGGGGUUGCCGGGGAACAUCACAUUUGUGCCCAUCAGCAGCCUGGACCUGGAGUCGCUGGGGCUGGCCGGGGCGCAGGCCAUCUCGGCCAGUGUCACCGCCGAUGGCCAAAUCAUCAUGACGGCGCCGGGGGCCGAGGCGGCGGUGUCGGCCGGCGACUGUUUGGAUAAGGUUGGGGGUGGUGGUGAGAUGGUGGCGUUGGCCGACGGUAGUGGUACCGUUGGUGUCGACGGUAGCAGCAGUGGCGUGGACAUGUUUGUGCCAAACACUUCCUCCUCCUCCUCGUCCUCGGUAACCUCUGUGUCGUCCUCGUUGCCCGAGACAAUAGACGGCACGGGUGUGCUCACGCAGGCAACUGCGGUGUCGGCUGGUCAGCAGGACCCGUCAGCGACCAUCUCAGCCGACGCCUACCUCCAGCAGAACCACAUCGCCAUCUCCAGCAGUACUGGGGUGACGGGCCAGGAACAGCUGCAGGUUACCACAGCAUCCACGCAGCAGCAGCAGCAUCCGCAGCUCAUCCAGGUCCAGACGGCCGACGGUGUUGCCACAGCGCCUCCGACCCUACAGAGCGUGCAGCUCAUCAACCCUGGGACUUUCCUCAUCCAGGCCCAGACAGUCAGCCCCACGGGACAGAUCCAGUGGCAGACGUUUCAAGUGCAGGGUGUGCAGAACCUGCAGAAUCUGCAGAUGCCUGCUGGGAAUGGCACUGGGGGGGCCUCCCAGAUCACGCUGGCUCCUGUUCAGACUCUCUCGCUGGGCCAGGGGGCCAACACCGGACAGAUACCCAACCUGCAGACAGUCACUGUCAACUCCAUCUCCCAUUUCCAGCAAGAAGACACACACAGCCCCUCAGACAUUCAUAUAAAGGAGGAGCCUGACUCUGAAGACUGGCAGCUCAGCGGAGACUCCACCCUCAACCCUAACGACCUGUCCAACUUGCGGGUACGGUUGGUGGACGAGGACUCUGAGGGCAUGGGGCAGGAGGGUAAGAGGCUACGCAGGGUAGCCUGCACCUGCCCCAACUGCAAGGAGGCAGGAGGAAGAGGGUCAAACAUGGGCAAGAAGAAGCAGCACAUCUGCCACAUUCCGGGCUGUGGGAAGGUGUACGGGAAGACGUCUCACCUGCGGGCGCACCUGCGCUGGCACUCCGGGGAGCGGCCGUUCGUCUGCAACUGGAUGUUCUGCGGCAAGAGGUUCACACGCAGCGACGAGCUGCAGAGACACCGGAGAACACACACGGGGGAGAAGAAGUUUGUGUGUCCGGAAUGCUCAAAGAGGUUCAUGCGGAGCGACCACCUGGCCAAACACAUUAAAACUCACCAGAACAAAAAGAGCCUAUCGGGCGGAGGCACGGGGGAGGGCUCAGCGGAUGCCGACGCCUCUGGGGACAGCAUCAUCACAGGGGCGGGGACCACGCUCAUUUUGACCAAUCUGCAGCAGGGCACCGCCCCCGAUCUCCUGUCCAGCGCUGACCUUCCUCUCCAGCUCGUCACCGUGUCCGCCAGCGAGGUCAUGGAGUGACCUUGACUCUGACCCCCUCUACCCUUUCACAGCUCACCGGCUUUUCACUAUCGAUUUUUAUAUAUAUAUAUAAUAAAUAUAUAUAAAUAUAUAUUUUAAAAAAAGAAUUAUUAUCCGUCUAUGUUCAAUAGCAGUCUUUUUUACAAGCAGUGCAAACACAGUGACAUAUAAUGUUGUUCCAUUCCUUGUACUCUCAUAAAGACAAACAUAAGCUGGCCCACAGACAUUUAUACACACGUAUAUAUACGCAAAACUCAACGAAAUGCCUUAUUUUGUACCGUAGUCUGUAGUAUAUAAUGCUGGAGUUGCAUGUAUUUUUAUUUUUUUUGGCUUUUCAUUCUGUAAUUGUGUAAAGAUGAAAUGAGUGUGAUCGUGUGUGCGAUUGAGAGCUUGUGUGCGUGCGUGCGUGUAUGUAUGUAUGUGUGUGGGUGAAUGAGUGUGCAUGCCCGAAUCUGUGUGUAUGAAUGUGAUGAACAUUAUGGUACACAGCAGUGACGUGUGUGUGUGUGUGUGUGUGUGUGUGUUUAUGUCUGUCAUCAUAGAAGGGGAUUCAGGGAUAUAGUCUCUGGAGAAGAGAGUGAAGUGGGUUGUCGCUGAUGGAAAAAAAAAAGGUUCUGUCCUUCCAGGCCUCAGAAUGUGUCUUGUGGUUCUGCUUCUGCACCUGCUUUUGUUCUUCUCAAGUUUAUCACUUCACCUGGAAUGAUAACCCAAAUGUGGCAUAAAGAGUUUUUACGUUUAUUUUUUUUAAGCAUUCUCUUGUCAUACCUUAAGAGUAACUUGAAGAUUUCCCCCAAGUGGCAAAACAAUCAUGUAAUUAAAUAUUUUUUUUGUAUGGUUACUUUCUCUCUGUAUGUCCACCAUAUGCCUGUGUCUCAUGAAUUAUAUGUAUAUCCCAUCUCUCUCUAUUUCUUUUUCUGAGUGAGACGCUAUUUACAGUCAUCUAAGUAGUUAAAAGCAAUUCUGUUGUAUCAAAGCUACUUUUAUUUUAAUUACUUUUUUGAAUACGUGUAAAAUUUGAAUGUUACUUUUUGUACAUCAUUUUGUUUUUUUUUCAAAUGGAACACAAUUAAAGUCGAGAUUCUUACUACAAAAAGAA